AGCAACAAAGUGGCUAUUACGCAACGGUUUAUGAUAAUAGCGACGACGACAACAACGACGACGACGACGGCAGCGCGGGCGGCUGGGGCAGCAGCAAAGAGGCCACUGAACACCGGGAAGUGCAGCCCAAUUCGAUCAGCAGCUGGGGUUAGUCGUGGCUGCCGCAGAAGUCAAGCUUGUUGCCAGGUGUCAAUAGCAUCGGCGGUGGCACGAUGGCUAUUGCUAGCUGUUGUAAGUUUCGCAUGUCUGUCGUUUCCGCAAGUGGUCAGCGCCAAUGGUGACGGUGUCGUCGGCUCGAGCCGAGACGGCCGCGAUGACAGCAGCAUCGAGGAAGGUCAUGUUAGCCCUGGUACGUAUGCGAUGCACAGUACCACUCGAGGUGCAGCCCGUUCACUUUGGUGGCCAGCUGCCGUUUCCGUAUCAACACAGGCGUUGCUCCGUCACAUUGGCCUGCCGCACAGCCAGACCCAUCUGUCUUCGCUGACACCCCUCACGGGCACGACGGUCUUUUUGCGACGUAGCACGAGCCCCUACGCAGCGGCCUCGUCAUCAAAUGCUGCUAGCGCGAGCAGUCGCCUGCAGCAACAGCAUAAACGACAAAAGCACCUGCAGCAGCAGCAGCGGAAGAGCAAGCGUGGCUCAAGGCGUGCAGGAGAACAUCCAGAGCACUCGAACCCACAGAUCCCGACAACAGGUGUCCGAGCGCCGCGAGGGGCACACGAGUACGACGUUCCCCAAAUCGAAUGUCCGAAUGCCGAGGAUGGCAUGGAGCGAUUCGCUUGUCCAACCCCAGAUCCACUGGGUCGCUAUCGAUGCAUCGAUGAUCAUGUACUUUGCGAUGGAUUUUUGGAUUGCCCCGAUGGAUCUGAUGAAGACAGACACUCUUGCAUGUUCUACAAGACGACGAAAGCGCACCUCGAUGUCUUAGCAGACGCAUUGCUGCGGUGGGCACGUGGUCGAUACAAUUAAUCAAAGCGGCCGCGGCAUCCAAAGAUGUUACGAGUGACCGAAGGAAACGACCGAAUAACGAAAACAAGCAGUAGCCACUUCUAAACGAGCUAGAAACUGCUUAGCUACUCUGUUUGUAAGAACAAAUUUGUUCAAACAAAGAGAAAAAAAAACCAAACGAGUGAGACAAGGCGGUGAAAGCGGCUUUAGAGGAAGGUAGACAAUAACAGUCGGAUGUUAGACGAACGCAAUAUAUGACAAUCAUACACAGCUACUCACGAGACACAAGUAAACUAAUAAAUGCUAGGUAAAAUACAGGACUUCGCAUUCAGGGACGGGACACAGACAAGUGAGAAAGCAGAACAGCGUAAUGUGGAAGAACGAGCUAAGGUUAUAAUAACGGGACCUAGGAUAUGAUGCGGAAGAGUGAACAUGACAAUCUAAUGAGACAAUCAUCUUCAUGAUCUUCAAUUCAAUGUUCGGUAGAUGAGGACGAACAUAGAAGUGACUAAUAAUUAUGAUAACGUUAAUGUAUACGGGUAUAUUCUUGGGACCUCUCGGUAAAAAGGAGGCCCUAGGGCCCAAACGAUUAAAUAUUCUGACUGCUAAGCAAAAAAAAGUGACGACAGAGUGAUUGUGAAGGAGAGAAAGAAUAAU